AUGGAGGCCUUACUCUUCAACGUUUCGGGCGGUUUUCUGGAGGGCAUUGUCCGGGGCUACAAGGCUGGCCUCCUCACCCAGAACCAGUACAACAACUUGACCCAAUGCGAGACCAUUGAGGACUUCCGUACACAGCUAUCUGCAACGGACUAUGGCGGCUUCCUCGCUAACGAGCCGCUCCCCAUCUCCACUUCUACCAUCUCGGACAAGGCGACACAACUGCUUGUGGAUCAGUUCAACUACCUUCGGAGCAACGCAGUCGCUCCUCUGAGCAAGUUCUUGGAGUACAUGACUUACGCAUACAUGAUUGACAAUGUCAUCCUCAUCAUCACGGGCACCCUGCACGGCCGCAAUACCAACGAGCUUUUGCAACGGUGCCACCCGCUCGGUGUCUUCGACACAAUGCCUGCCCUUUGUGUCGCAACGAACGUGGAGGAGCUGUACCACACUGUGCUGGUGGAGACCCCGCUAGCGACAUACUUCCGCGACUCCGUAUCCGCGGCGGACCUCGACGACCUGAACAUCGAGAUCAUCCGCAACACCCUCUACAAAGCAUACCUCGAAGACUUUGACGACUUCUGCCAGACGAUCGGCGGCCCGACCGCGGAGGCCAUGCACCAGAUCCUCGCCUUCGAGGCCGACCGGCGCGCGAUCAACAUCACCAUCAACUCGUUCGGCACGCAGCUCACCAAGGAGCAGCGCGCCCGCCUUUUCCCCACCAUCGGCGGCUCUUCCCCGAGGGCAACAACGCGCUCGCCCGCGCGGACGACAUCGAGCAGCGCGAACCUGCUCGGCGACCUCGAGGACCUCGGCGGCGCGGCGGACCUCGAGGACCGGUUCUUCGUGCACGAAGUGCACCUGAACAAGCUCGCGUUCCUGCAGCAGUUCCAGCACUCGGUCUUCUACGCGUACAUCAAGCUCAAGGAGCAGGAGAUCCGGAGCAUCACCUGGAUCGCGGAGUGCAUCGCGCAGAACGCGCGGGACAGGAUACACGACUUCAUCCCCACCUUCUGA